CCCAGCGCCGAAGUCUUGUUAUAGCGAUUGGGCUCGCCAUCCCUUCCCGGACGGCGACCGUCGCCCCUAUAUGACGCACGGCUCAUCAUAGCCUCGUCCUCACAUUUAGACCGGCCCCAGCGCCGAAGUCCUUAUCUAGCGACCAGGCUCGCCAUUCCCUUCCUGGAUGGUGACCGUCGCCUUCAUACGACGCACGGCUUAUCAUCGCCUCGUCCCCAUAUUCGGACCGGCUCACCAGCGCCAUCGUCCCCAUAUUCGGACCGGUUCGUCAGCGCUGUCGUCCUCAUAUUCGGACCGACUCAUCAGCGUCGUCGUCCUCAUAUUCAGACAGGCGUCCACCGCCUCGUCCCCCUAUUCAGAUACAGCGAACAUCUUGCGGUCUCCGGCCGAAAGGCUAAAGGAGCCCAGAGUUCAGCCAUAUAUCGCUCCGUCAUCUUUAUUUGAUGACGCGAAGCUCAUUUGCAGACCCAUCGGCCAUAUAUCGCUCUGUCAUCUUUAUUUGAUGAUGAAGAGCUCAUUUGUAGGCCCAUCGGCCAUAUAUCGCUCUGUCAUCUUUAUUUGAUGAUGAAGAGCUCAUUUGUAGGCCCAUCGGCCAUAUAUCGCUCUGUCAUCUUUAUUUAAUGACGAAGAGCUCAUCUACAGGACCAUCGGCCAUAUAUCGUUCUGUCAUCUUUAUUUGAUGACGAGGAACUCAUUUGUAGGCCUCUGAGCCACAUCUUGCUGCGUCAUCUUUAUUUGAUGACGCGAAGCUCAGUUGCAGGCCCAUCGGGCAUAUAUCGCCUCGUCAUCUUUGUUUGAUGACGCGAAGCUCAAUUACAGGCCCAUCGGCCAUAUCUCGCUCCGUCAUCUUUAUUUGAUGACAUGGCGCUCUCAUAUAGGCCUCUCUCGGCCAUACAUCACCCCGUCAUCUUUAUUUGAUGAUAUGGGGCUCUCAUGUAGGCCUCUCGGCCAUCCAUCGCUCCGUCGUCUUUAUUUGACGACGUGGAGCUCUUAUGCAGGCCCCUCGGCCGCACCAUCGCCCCGUCGUCUUUAUUUGACGACGUGGAGCUCUUAUGCAGGCCUCUGAGCCAUACCAUUGCCCCGUCGUCUUUAUUUGACAACGUGGAGCUCUUAUGCAGGCCCCUCGGCCGCACCAUCGCCCCGUCGUUUUUAUUUGACGAUGUGGAGCUCUUAUGCAGGCCUCUCGGCCGCACCAUCGCCCCGUCGUCUUUAUUUGACGACGUGGAGCUCUUAUGCAGGCCCCUCGGCCGCACCAUCGCCCCGUCGUCUUUAUUUGACGACGUGGAGCUCUUAUGCAGGCCCCUCGGCCGCACCAUCGCCCCAUCGUCUUUAUUUGACGACGUGGAGCUCUUAUGCAGGCCCCUCGGCCGCACCAUCGCCUCGUCGUCUUUAUUUGACAACGUGGAGCUCUCGUACAGGCCUCUCGGCCCAUCGGCCUUACGUUCUGGUCAACUUUAUUUGAUGAACCAGACAUCAUAUUGUGGACGGUCGCUCGACCCAUCCCUUAGUCAUCUUUAUUUGAUGACUAGGACUACUGAUCAUGAUGAGCUACCCACAUCUAGAGAUCGGCCUCGACCAUCCAGCAGACGGGCACCGCUACAGCUCCAUCUCCAGGCCGAAGGGUUCGCACCUUUUGUUUCAUUUUGGGGGCAUCCGGUGUACUCUUUUUCCCUCAUUAGGAUUUUUUCCCACAAGGUUUUUCCUAAUGAGGUUUUUAACGAGGCAUCUCCCCAUCGUGGAUCAAAAGGUGUCAACCCUCGGCCCCCUGUUGAAGACAUAAUCCGACACGCAUUACUCUACUCCUCUUCACCUCAUUACACUCGCCUCAAGGAGUGGGGGACUGGAAGAGCGGGGGACUUAGCGCCUCCGUUAACCAAAGAAGCAGAAAUUCAAAUUUUUGUUCACGAAGUUUACUCACCGGACGACGACAGAUCAGCACACAGUUCUACUCUCUUUCGCCUCGAAUACUCUCGACUCAGAGAGUGGGGGACUCCUGAUAGAGUAUAUAGACUCGGACCCCCGGGUCUCAUGACUAUUGGGCCCGGACAGCGGCUCACACACAUCUUACGGAUAUCAUUUGUAUUAUUGUACUGCUUAUAUGUCAUUUGUAUGUAACUAUGUACUAGAUUAGUCUUUUAUGUAGUUGGGCUACCGGGCCCAUAUUAGCGGCCCGGCCCAUUAUUUCCCUAUUUAUACUCCUCUUGGA